UUGAAACAGUCUGGCGGACAAAGGGGGAAAAGUCAUGCAGAGUCGCUCCUGCGCGCAACAGAUAUUCCUGGCAGAGUAUGCGAUUUACACUAGUUCGUGAGUUUAUCGAGACUUUUUGUUUUCGAUUAUUAAAUAAUAUGUCGCCAAAAGCAUAGUUUGUGGACUCACAUUCACAUUGUAUUCAGUGAAAGUUAGGCGGAACUUUCCGGCAGAAUGCAGGCGAGUGGAAGUUUGUGUCUGUUUUUGGCACUGAUGUUGCCGUGCUGUUCCGUGGCGUCUGGACAGUAUCAAGGAGAUAAUGGGAUAGCCGUCCCCGACCACGGCUUCUGUCAGCCCAUAACCAUCCCCCUGUGCACGGAUAUCGCUUAUAACCAAACCAUAAUGCCAAACCUGGUCGGACACUACAACCAAGAGGAUGCCGGGCUGGAGGUCCACCAGUUUUACCCGCUGGUCAAGGUACAGUGCUCGCCUGAACUUAAAUUCUUCCUGUGCUCCAUGUACGCGCCGGUGUGCACAGUUUUGGAGAAAGCCAUCCCGCCAUGUCGCUCCAUCUGCGAAAGGGCAAAGCACGGCUGCGAGGCCCUCAUGAACAAGUUUGGCUUUCAGUGGCCAGAGCGGCUGAGAUGCGAGCAUUUCCCAGUGCUGGGAGACGGACACAUCUGCGUGGGCCAGAACGAAUCCACGGCCACCGUGGCGCCCGUUCAUAUGCCCGUUCCAGGAACGCCUGGCGUUCAGCUGUUCUCUUCGCCGGACAAACCGUUCCGCUGCCCGUCAGUGCUCAGAGUGCCGUCCUACCUCAGCUAUAAGUUCCUGGGCGAGCUGGAUUGUGGUGCUCCGUGCGAGUCCUCCAGAACACAUGGGGCCUAUAUGUUCUUCACGGACCAGGAGAUUGAAUUUGCCCGGAUUUGGAUCCUUAUCUGGUCCUCACUUUGCUGUGCGUCCACUUUUUUCACCGUAACAACUUAUUUAGUGGACAUGCAACGUUUUAAGUACCCCGAGCGUCCUAUUAUCUUUCUGUCUGGCUGCUAUACCAUGGUGUCCAUUGCGUAUAUCGCUGGCUACUUUCUUGGGGAUAAAGUUAUGUGCAAUGAGAACUUUUUUCCCGACAGCUAUAAAACCAUAGUUCAAGGUACAAAGAAGGAAGGGUGUACGAUUCUGUUCAUGAUGCUGUAUUUCUUCAGCAUGGCUUCUUCGAUCUGGUGGGUCAUCCUGUCUCUCACCUGGUUCCUGGCGGCAGGUAUGAAAUGGGGCCAUGAGGCUAUUGAAGCCAAUUCACAGUACUUUCACCUGGCUGCCUGGGCCGUUCCGGCCGUAAAAACUAUUAGUAUCCUGGCCAUGGGGCAGAUUGAUGGAGAUUUGUUAAGUGGCGUCUGCUUUGUGGGCCUGAAUAAUCUGGAUCCCUUGAGGGGCUUUGUGUUGGCCCCCCUCUUCAUCUACCUCUUCAUUGGCACCUCGUUCCUGCUCGCCGGUUUCGUGUCGUUGUUCCGCAUCCGCACUAUCAUGAAGCACGACGGCACCAAGACCGAGAAACUGGAGCGCUUGAUGGUCCGCAUAGGCGUCUUCUCAGUUCUCUACACCGUCCCGGCCACCAUCGUCAUUGCCUGUUUUUUUUAUGAGCAGGCCUUCAGGCAGCACUGGGAGAAGAGCUGGAUCAGUACGAACUGUAAGAGCCUAGCCAUCCCCUGUCCCAUGCAGUCCGCUCCUCACAUGACCCCCGACUUCACCGUCUUCAUGAUCAAGUAUCUAAUGACUCUCAUUGUAGGGAUCACUUCGGGAUUCUGGAUCUGGUCGGGAAAGACGCUGCACUCUUGGAGGAAGUUCUACACACGUUUGACCAGUGGCGGGCAAGGGGAAACCACCGUAUGAAAUGGGAGAUUGUGGUCCAUGUUUUCUUGCAAUAACUAAUUUGAGUUUUCGAAUAAGAAAAAGAUAAAGUGCCUUAGAUUGUCAGUAUUUUGCAAGCAAUUAUACUUGUCUAUUUUCAGACUGUCAGAGACUUUCAAGUGGAAAGAGAAAUGGGACGUGAACCACUUGGCUUCCCCAAACAAACACAGACAAUUUGAUACCAAGUGCAGAAAUGUUUUCCUCCCCCAUUCUGUUGUACCUCUGUUUUUUCUCAUAAGCUGCUGGCCAUAAAAACUCAACUUGGAAAGUGAGAUACCAGCUGGGAAUUCAACAAACGACAGAGCAAAGAGAGCCGAGGGGGGAGGAGAGCUCAAAAACUUGUCAUCUAAUACGGCAGGCAGUUGUGUCAAAAUGUAAUUAAAACAUUGUACAUAUUUGUAAAAAUCUGUAUUUGAACAUUAUUAUUAUAUAUUUGUAUUUAUGCAAAUCUAUGUUUUUGUGUUUUUCAAAGUUUGACAGUUUUCCCUAUUUAGAAUUUGUAUUGUGGCCACUAGUCUCUCUCUCAUAUCUUCUAUACUCAUGUAUGUCUCUCUGUUUCAAAUUAAAGUUGCUGUACAUAAUACUC